AUGGAUCACUCGGCCCAUCACAAUCAUAAGGACCAUAUCGGGCACUCGGCACCGACCGCCGGCAGUGCUCAUACGAUGAUGAUGCAUCAUGCGAUGUCGUUCCAUUUCGGCACCGAUGAGACGAUAUUGUUCGAUUUUUGGAAAACGCACACCGCUUUCGGCAUGAUCAUCUCGUGCAUUUUGACAAUGGCCAUCGCGUUUCUCAUGGAAACCGUUCGAUUCUUCCGCAGAUAUAGAAAAGCUCAAAUUGAGCUUGGUCGAAUGCCAGUGGCUCCAGAGGAGAGACUCAAAGUCAACCCGAAACUCGAUAUCAUCGAUCCGAUAUUCCAAUUGCUGCAGCUCACCCUCGCCUACUUCCUGAUGCUCAUCUUCAUGACCUUCAAUGUUUAUCUUUGUGUGUUCACCGUCAUCGGCGAGAUUCUCUCGCAUCUCCUCUACCGAACCCUGUUCCCAUAUUUGGAUAGCAGCGUCAACGGGCAUUGCUAG